AUUACAGUAUUACUCCAUCAUUUACUAUCGCAAGGCAAGCUCCGCCCUGUAUACCCGCUGCGUCGCACGCCCCACUCCUUCCAACGAAUGCCGGUCACAACAACCAUGCCGCACUCCUCCCGUCCACUCUGUUCUCCCAUCUCCCGAUUUUACCUGAUCGCCUUGACUCAGGUUGGCUGCCUUCCACUCAAGCACUCAAGCAAAUCGAGCACCAACGCAUUAAGAUCUGCAUUUCUACACCAUAACACCAUGGGCGUUCGUGAGCGAUCAUGGGCGACCAGGAACCCGCACACCACGUGGCAAAGGGCGGCUGUACGACUGGGCCAAUAGGGCUCAUCCCUGUCGCGGCUACAGCGGGGAGAGGAGAGGUAAUGCACAUUACCGCAUAGGUUGUCAGAGGUUUUGAUGGCUGCUGGAACGCAUGACAGGUAUCCUCCGAGAG